AAGUUUUGUUUGUUGAACAGGUGAAGUGUUCUGUAAGAGGUGACCUCGGGCCUGCAUGUAAUUCAGCUGGAAUGAUAGAUCGUAAUGUCCUUGGAAUUGAUCAUCUUUAUGCCAAACCCGUUUACAGAAAUUUGAAGGAAUGCAAUAUAUCAAGCCAUGGCCAAGUUCCAGAGACUGCACCUUCUUGGUGUCAUGCACCUUUUGAUCCUGAAGGUAUUUUAAGUUCACUAACGGCUGCUGUGAGCUGCAUUAUCGGACUUCAGUAUGGCCACAUUCUUGUGCAGUUGCAGGAGCAUAAAGAGCGGCUGCGCAACUGGUCCAUUUUCUCCUUUGCAUUUCUGGGUCUUGGUCUCUUCCUUGCCUUCGUGGGUAUACCUAUAAACAAAUCUUUGUACACAAUCAGCUAUUUGUUGGUCACCUCAGCAUGUGCUGGAAUCACUUUUUGCGCACUGUAUACAUUGGUUGAUGUUUAUGGUUGGAGAUGGUUGACAUGUGUGUUAGAGUGGAUGGGAAAGCAUUCUCUAGGUAUCUUUAUUCUCGUAUCUUCCAACAUAGUUGUGAUAGCAGUUCAAGGAUUCUACUUGAAGUCCCCUGAAAAAAACAUUGUUCACUGGAUUGUAUCAGUAUUUGUGCAUAAAUGAUUAACAGCUCCAAUACAUCUUCCAUACACCAAACUGAUCUAGUAAGUUUCUCAUAUGUAUAAAUGAUCUAAUUUGAUUUAAACAUACUUUAGGAUGUGGAAAGUGUAU